AUGGCUGAGAGUCCUCGGGUCCGGCGGCAGCGCUCUCGAAGCCUCGCUGGUUCUCUGAGUCGCUCUGCUGACUGGACGGAGGCGCUGGAGAGGAGGCUGAGGAGCAGGGAGGAGGAGGGGGGUUGUCUGGGGGAAUAUUUGUUGAGCUACAGAGGAGGAGGCAGCCAGCCCCUCUGUGCCACCAGAAGAUCCUCCUGUGGACAGGUUUCUACCUGCAGCUUUCAGGACAUCUUCACAGGGCGAACCCUCCUGGAGAAGCUGUUCCUGCAGCAGCAGCAGCAGGAGGAGCCGGAGGAGGCGGAGCGGCUCUGCUCCAGGAUCCUGGCCAUGGGGCUCCUGCUGCCGUUCGCUGACUGCUUCAGAGAGCAGCUGGAGGGCAGCACCACCCACCUCCCCUCCACAGCAGUAGCCACAUUUGAUCAUGACCAGCUGUAUACCUGGGCAGCAGUUAACCAGCCCUCUCACUCCCUGGAUUCUCUGGAGGGGAAACUACCGGCGCAGCUGAAGGGCCCCUGGGCUCCUGUUAAACCAGGAGGGGACACCAAGACUGGGCUCAAAGCCACAGAGGCAGUCAGUAGAUUGUUGAUGACGGCAGGUUGCUGCCUCCUCUCUCCGGUGAGGGAGGAGUCGGGGGAGGAGGGCUCUAAUAGCGAGGUGUCAUCCCCCCCGAUCUGCCGCUCCCCCUCCCCCAUCCCCGUCAUCGACGCCUCCAUCACUAAGUUGGGCAGGGGGUCCCUCAGCAGAGCUCCUCUCCAGGAACUAUACGACCCCUCCUUUGAGUCCGUGGCUCACCUGGAGGACCUGCAGCGCUCCUGGGAGACGCUGAAGAACGUGAUGAGUGAGAAGCAGCGCUCGCUGUACGAGGCUCUCCAGAAGCAGCAGCAGUACCAGGCCUCGCUGCAGAACCUCUCCUCCUGCAUGGAGGCGCUGGAGCUGAGGCUGAGUGAACCUCUGCAGGAGCAGCAGAGCAUCCCCAGCCACCAGGAGGAGCACCAGCCCUAG